AUGAGAGGGGCGCUCCUCGUCGCGCUGGUCCCCCUUAUCAUGGUCGCCGAGGCCAUCCCUGGCAGGCUGAGCGACGACUGCCCCAAUUGCGUGGACGACCAGGCCAGCAGCAUAGCGGCCUCGAGAUGGACCAUGCCCCUACUGAAGCUCGGGGAGAAGAGGUACUACCUCGGCAUCUUCUUCAAGGCGAACUGGUACCGGGCGUCCCAGUACUGCAGGUACCACGGGAUGCACCUGGCGAGCAUCGCCUCGCAGGAGGAGAACGAUCGGCUGGAGAAGCACAUCAAGGACUUCGGGCUGGGCCACGAGCACUUCUGGACCUCUGGAACCGACCAGGCCGAGGAGGGCACCUUCUUCUGGAUGGCGAACGGCCGGCCCAUCACCUUUGAGAACUGGAACGUGGGAGAGCCCAACAACUUCCGGUACGAGAACGGCGAGGAGGAGCACUGCCUGGAGCUCUGGAACCGCGACGGAAAGGGCCUGAAGUGGAACGACAGUCCCUGCAGCUUCGAGACCUUCUUCGUCUGCGAGGUGCAGUGAUUUCGGUGUCCUGGACUCUAAGGACCGACUCGUCGGC